ACUUCCCAUUGAUUCCCAAUUCCACGCUUCAUCCAUCUCAUGGGUAUCUCUUCAGCCUCACAACUUAUUCAAAACCAGUAAUUUUCUUCAGAUAUUUUCAAGAAAAUCAAGGUUCCUUCUCCACUCAACUUCAUUCUACAACCACACGACUUCAUAAACACUCCACUAUUUCAAGGGUUUAUCGAAUCUUUCAAUCUUUAUGCUACAAAAACCUCUAGUUUUAGCUGUUUUCCAUUCUGGGGUUUUGAUUUUCUUGAAAUCCGAUAGCAAAGAUUCUUCAACUUCAUCACAUGAGUUCGUCACAAAUGGGGUUUUUUAGGUAUUCGAUUGUUAUGUUGUUAUAAAGGUUGUGUCAUCUUGUUUGAUUUGGGGUUUUAAUCUUAUUGAAAGCUGAAAAAGCCCAAAAAUUCUCCAACUUUACCACAUGGGAUUGGGAUUAAUCUUUGUAUUAAGCGAAAUUGAAUUUAGAAAUCAAGAAAAAGUUGAAUCCUUAUGGAGCAACAACCAAUGGGUAUUGCUAUCGAACAAUCUAUUACUUCUAGGUACUCGUCUUGGGUCAGAGAAGCUCUUGAUGAAUUGCCCCAUAGUUUCACCAUAACCGACCCGUCUAUUUCGGGUCACCCGAUUGUGUUUGCUUCGAGGGAGUUCUUGAAAAUGUCUGGGUAUUCAAGAGAAGAAGUUAUUGGGAAGAAUGGGAGGAUGUUUCAAGGGAUUAGGACAAAUAGAAGAUCAGUAAUGGAGAUUAGAGAAGCCAUUAGAGAAGAGAGGAGUUUACAAGUCAGUUUAUUGAAUUAUCGAAAAAAUGGAACACCCUUUUGGAUUUUGUUUCAUAUGUUUCCUGUUUUCAGCAAGGAAGAUGGAAGAGUGAUCCAUUUUGUUGGUAUUCAAGUCCCGAUUGUGCCGAAACCUAGACGAUCCGGGAGCGAGUUUUCGAGAAUUGAAGCGAAUUUUUGUGAAAAUGGGGCGGGUUUUCGAGAUUCGGUUCUUGGGUUUUGUAGGAGGGAGGUGUGUUCUGAUACGGUUGCGGAGUUGGGUCGGAGUUCGAAUUUGGAUUCGGUUUUAACAGAUGAUACAGAAGUAACUAACGGCACUUGCAAGGCGAGUGAUUUGGAAAAACGACGAGCCAACACUGCUAUGAGCAAUAUACUUUCCAUGCUGACACACUACAGUGAAUUAACGGGUAGACUGGUUUCCGAUAGAAGAUGCUGCUCAAGUAACAUGAGCCAUGUUGGUGCAUCGUUAAACACAUCUCUUGGUAGAAUAAGACAAAGCUUUGUCUUGACGGAUCCACAUAAAAUCGACAUCCCAAUUGUGUAUGCCAGCGAUGCCUUCCUAGACUUGACUGGAUAUGCUAGACAUGAAGUAUUGGGGCGAAAUUGCAGAUUCUUAAGCGGGCAGGAAACAGAUGGCUCGACUCAGUUACAGAUUACAAAUAGCAUUCAAACUGGAAAAGCCUGCACUGUAUGCAUCCUAAAUUACAGAAAAAAUGGGAGGCCGUUUUGGAAUUCUUUGCACGUUUCACCUGUACGUAAUGCUUCUGGCAAGAUAGCGUACUUUGUGGAGGUUCAGACGGAUGUGAAUUGUGGAAACCACGGAAACCAGAAUCUGAGCCCGGAGAUCAGGCAACUUAGCGUCGUGGGUGCCGUGAAAGUCGCAGUGAGGAGUUCUGCGAUGUUUGCCAGCACUUCCGAAUCGUGACACGAAAACGCUUUCCGGAUAUAUUUUUUUGGUUUCAGGAAAUUUAUUUCUGGUGCUUUCCAUUGAUGUUAUUAUGUAGCAGUAGGCCAAAACUUAACAGUGUGAUUUGGAGACUUGUUGUAAAACUACAGUUGAUAUAUAUAAUAUGUGUGGUUUAAGGGUUGGUUUUC